AAUAGAAUGUUCCAACCAUAUUUUGAGGAAUUAUAUUAAUAAACUUCAUGAGCUUUCAAAAAAAAAAAAGUAGUAAAGGUGAAAAUGUACCGGGAUGUAUGCGUAGUUUAUUGGUCAAUCGUAUCGAACGACUUCAUGCGGCAAUUAUAAAGGCUAUAAAGUACAGAAAACAACAAAACAAUAUUUCCUACGAAGAUUCUAUUAAAAUGUUGAAGAAAGAUAUUGUAAAUAGCCCUAAACAUGUAUUCGACGAUCAUGAGAAUUGCAGUAAUUACUUUUGCAAAAGAAAAAAUUUAGGUGAAGAAAAUCAUGUGAUUGAUAUGAAACGAGUAGGCCUAUGGGAUGAUAUAGGUUCUAUAAGAAGCGCUUUAACAUAUCAUACAGAAAGUCUGAUGUUUAAUUUAAACAACAAUGCAGCAGAAAAUUAUAACUCUAUUUUGGCCAAAUUUGUUGGGGGUAAAAGGGUAAAUUUGUGUCUUCGAGGUUCAUAUGAAUUACGAUGUAAUGCUGCAGUUACUGCAUAUAAUGCAGGAGCAAAUCGCUUUUCGUUAUUCCACAAAAAAGUCGUCAAAAAGAGUCCUGGUGUAUUUACAAAAAGGUACAUAAAAAGAAGUCAGCAAUUAUCGGAUUCAAGACGGAGACGUCAGUUAUUUGCUACACCAGUUCAACGUUUAAAAUCAAAAAACUUGCUGGUCCCGAUGAGAACUAUGGUGCUGUUGACCUGACUUCGUUUUACAUCCAGAUUUAUCGACAUCGGAAUUAAAUAACAGAAAAAACUUGUAUCUAAAUAGCCUGAAGCUUACAAAAGAAGCAAAAGAAGACAUCAUUUCCUUAGAAAAGAGUACCAAAAGGCAACACGAGUGUGAAG